AUGGGCCCUGCCGAGGGCUCAUUGAUAGUUACUGCCGGUUCUUGUUCAGGGCUCGUACCUAGCAGAUUCAGACUUAACCCCUCUGAGCCACGUUGUUUUCAGCAUCCAUUAGAACAAAUUAGUGCCUGUCGAUCUUUUGCUUUCCAUUUCAGCCCUGCACAAAUACUUAAGUCUCUUGAGAGUCAUGUCAUAUACCAUCUUGCAACGGCGAGGGCAUCCUAUCCAUGUAUACCACCACAGUUCACCCGCAAUACACGUGUUGAUACUUCUAUACCCCUGCUAGCAUACCUUUUUCGUGUAGCGACCUGUGCCUUGAGCAUUCCCACAAACGCGUCUACCCGGAGAGAUUCGAAUCCGGGAAUCGUACGAACAGCAAACAGAAGCUCUCCGUUCAUCAGCCAUACCAAAGGAACCAUACCAUGUGUUAUUCACCAUUUUUGCAGUGUAAACAAAUUUUUAAUUUUAUGGGUGUUUGUUUACACCCCCUAUGUCGUUCACGACCGCAUACUUCAUGAAUGA